AUGAUGACAAGGACGGUGAUCACAGCGUACCAUGGGCUCAUCCCCACCUGCCUCCCUCCUCUCCUUCUCCUGCACUUGAUGCAUGCUCGAGGUACGCGGUUCCCGCAGACUAGACCGUAUCACACUGACCCCUUGCUCUCAGCUCUGGGCCCCUCCGACCGCGACGCUGGAAGCUGCAGAGAGCUGGAGAGGAGGGGCCUGACCCAGCUGGACGCGGCAGAGACUGAGAGAUGGCUGCGGUGCCACCAUGUCGGGGAGGAGGCGGUCCAGGCCAUGGGAGGAAGCAACGUGACGGGAGCAGAGCUCGUGGGGAUGUCGAGGAGCGAGCUGGGAGAGGUGAUGGGGAUGAGCGCGGUGCAGGCGUGGAGGCUGAGGAAGCUAGCGAUGCAAGGUGAGCGCGAGGCAGGGGAGGAGCAGAUCUUGAAAGCGAUGACAUGCAAGGAGCAGGGGAGGUCUUGGGUGAAGUGCGAGCAGCACCAAGGGAUCAACAGCUGCUUAUCCCAUCGUGUCUGCCUGGACGUGACGGCGAGAACGUUGGAGUACUUCGGCAGCAGCUCGCACGAAGCGUCUUUCGAAACCUAUAUCGCAGCCAAGUAUCCUCCUUACUCGACUAACGAGGAUGUGCUGCAUGUGGAGCGAUCGCCUGGGGAAUGCGAGGGCUGUGAGUUCUUGCCCGGGACGUUCGCACUGGUAGGAAGGUACUACCCGCCCAACAGAGCACACGUGCUGGGAGAUGAGGUGUGGGCGCUGUUCCAGGCGUUGAGCAUCUGGGGGAUGGAGGAGGAGUACAGGGAGGUACAGAUCGUCCUGUGGGAGGAGGGGCGCAACGCGGAUGUGUUCGAGCUCGUCAACCCCCGGCCCGUGUGGACGACAGGGACGCUACUCAACGAGCACGGGAACUAUGUCUGCAUGGAGUCGCUUGUCUUCGGGCUCGCGCACCUCGGGUACGCUUUAGGGCAUGCGUGCGAGCUGGGGCGGAGCUUGCGGUGCCGGCCCGCGUACCUAGCUCCUUUCCAGCAGAACGUGGUGCGGUUUCGACGACUGGCUCUGGAGCUGCACUCGAUCCGGGAGAAGAUGCCGCCUCAGCGCGCUCAGGUGGUGGUGAUGCGCAAGGGCAGGAGGGCCCUCAACUCCAUCCGCAUCGUCAACACGGAGGAGGUGGCGGCGGCACUCGGAGAGCUGGAGGUGACGGUGCUGUCAGCGGACUGGUCGACGAUGAGGAGCAAGGAGCAGCUGGCGGUGAUGUCGGGGACCGACGUGCUCUUCUCCCUGCCCGGCAGCGACGUCAUGAACGCCAUCUGGAUGCCGUUGGACCGCUCGCUCGUCACGCCCUGCCGCAUCUUCGCCGACGGAGCGGUGGAGCAUGGGAACGAGGCGGAGAUCUGGUUCGGGUACCUGCACAACGUGACGCGAUGGUGCGACUUCAACAGGACGCGCGACGUGACGUCGUACAAGCAGUCGAGCUACAUGACCGUGCCGGUGGACGUGAUGAGGAGGCUGGUCGAGGAGCAGCUGAGGAGGCUGAGAGAGAAGGGAUACGUGCAGUGA